UUCAGUGCUUACUGCAGCUGACAGUCAUUUGGGUAAUCAGCUGGCAGAGCAAGAUUGUGAGUGACUGGGAGAAAGACAGGAGGGAGAGAUGAUAGACAGAGGGAGCCAAAGAAAAACAAGUGAAAACACACAGAUGAGCAAAAAUGGGGAAAAGGACAAAAGGAGGAAGGGCAGGAGCUGGAGCAGGAUCAUAACACAAAGAGUCAUAUUUGUCUAAUCUCAGGUUAUCACAUUUAUCAAGAACUGCAAGUUUUACUUCUGUAUCCGUAAGUUUCAGCUGGGAGGGGUUUGAUUUAGGAGACCAGCCUAUAAAACUGUCGACUGUCCAUCGGCAGCAGGACUUCCCCAGAGGCCAGUCUGCACCGAGAAAAUGAGACUUUCAGCCGUCCUUCUUGUCAUUGCCGCCUCGAUGGCGCUGUCUGGCAGCGUCACGAUUAAGACCGUGGUGUUCCCCAUUGAAUCCAAUGACAGCUACGUUGAGCUGGUCCCUCUGAAACCUCUGCAGCUGCAGGCUUUCACUUUGUGCAUGCGAGUGGCCACAGAGCUCAGCAGCUCAAAAGAGACCAUCCUCUUUUCAUAUCGGACCAGAGACGAUGAACUGAAUGUGUGGCAGGAGUACGGCAGAUCUAACAUGCACGAUAGUGGCCCUCCAGGAACUGAGUUUGACACCCCUGCUUUAGAAGGAGUUUUAUUUAAAGUCCCUGAGCUCGGUGCCCUUCAGACCCAUUUGUGCGUCACCUGGGAUUCCAGUACUGGUGCUGCCGCCCUCUUCAUGGAUGGAAGGAGAAGCCUGACCAAAAUCUACAAGAACGGUCACACCAUCAGCCAAGGAGGAAUAGUCAUCCUCGGACAAGAUCUCGAUAGCUUCCUGGGUCGUUUUGAUGCUAAUCAGUCUUUUGUUGGGGAGAUCUCUGAUGUUAACAUGUGGGAUUCGGUUCUGUCUGAUAGAACCAUCCAAGACCUGGUCUCUGGGAAGACAGUGCAGAAAGGAAACAUCUUUGACUGGGAAACCAUACAGCUUAAAGCUACUGGGACAGUGGAGGUCAUCAAUCGUGCAGUGUAGAUCUAAGCUGUAGAUGGAAAUGCUGUAAUGCUGAGUACAGCAACAUAAAGCUCUUCAAUCUUGUCUCUAAUAUCCUGUUAUAGUCCCUGUACAGGAAGAUGAUUUAAUGAUGAAAACACAAAUCUGUCAAUCAGUAUCAAUCAAACUUCUUCUGCUCUAAUAAAAAUUCAUGCAUUAA